AUUUAUUUGCGCAUUGGAUCUCACUUAAAUUUCCACAGCCAAAUCGCUCGCUUGUCUAUGCGCCACGACGACGACGACGACGAAAAAAAUGUACCCAUCUCUAUUCCAGAUUUAUUUCACCGAACCAAACAAAUCGUCACUCAUUAGCCAUUUCAAAUGCAUGAAUCAAAAGCAAUAAAUAUUACAACUUCUAACAAAAUGAACCGCAGCAAAUGCAAAGCGCACAACUCAUAAAUAUGAUACAUAUGUAGGAAAUGAACGAACAUUUUAAUUGCAGUUUAGAUUAAUUAAAAGCGACGUGUAUGAUUCCAUUAUUGACCACAAUUUAAUUUGAUUUGUUACACUCAAACGAUUCUUUGAUCGAUCAUAUUUUUGGAAUAUCGGACGGAAAUUAAUGGCCAUACGAAUUUUCGUUAUUCCGAUGAAAACGCCGUUCGGCGCUUGAAAUAAAUUCAUGUAGUGACAUUUUUUUCUUGAUUUACCGAUCGAAUGCAGACAUUUGAACGGGCUAAUGGACGUACACAUGCACUGACACAUGCUCGCAAUAAUUCGACCAUUUUAUGCUUGAAAAUAUUAUCUUGUUCGAAAGAGUAGUUGCGACAACCAUACAAUUAUUGCUACAUUGUAACCAAUUUGUUCUGAACAUUUUGAACGCGUAUGGAAUGAGACAGCGCAAAUGUGGACAAAGUACAAUGAUAAAGCAUUUUCCAUAGAAAUUUAUAAAAACGGAAUGAAAAUUUGGAAAAAAUCGAGACAUUUGUUCUAGGAACAAGUUCACUUAGUUUUCAAUUUUUCAAGUUUUUGGAUAGACAAUUUUUCAGAACAUGAAGCUUUUCUAUCGAUAAAUAACAAAUGACACUUCAUAACAAAGAAAUGCUUUCAAUCGGAAUUCACUAAACACGUCCAGCCAAUUACGGUAAAACUCUCAUGGAGCAAUUCCCAACGGAUUCAAGCAGAUCCAAGGUUAAGCGAGUGAGUGUAGAAUACAGUGAACGUUCGGAAAUCACGUUCACUGUAUCGAUCCGUCUUUUCGUCAUCGACUUUUACGAAUUUUCGAAGCUUGAACCGAGUGUGACAAUUAUGUUUGGGUAAAGUGUGAAAAUCUCUAAUACUUUACGUCGGAGUGAAUUCUUUUUUUUUCUGUAAAUCUUGGUCUUUCUGUAUUUAUUCUAUUCUAAACAUGCCAAUGGCACGUUAUACCAUUUGGCAAAUUAUAUUUUUUUUGUAAGAGUUCUCGCACUCUUUUCUAGCCAAACGUCUACUUUAUUCAGCCAGUUCUGGUGACGGUGGUGUCAAAUAAAAUAGAAAUAAUUCUUUCUAUUCUUGAUUUCAUUAAAAAUGCUUAAAAAAGUGUAAAGACAGUGCAAAAACGCGAGGACAAUAGAAUCUUUUGACCGUUUUUCGCAUAGCUCUGAUAGGUUGACUGCAUAAGGGUGAACAGGGCAAAAAAAAAAUGGAACUCACAUUGUGAACUGGUGCUGCUCAUUAAAAUCGACCUGCUAUUCAUCGCAAUCGCAAAGCAAUCAAAUGACGAUCUAUAUUAAUUGAUCGAUUUUUAUAAAUUAGCUUUUUUCUCCCUUUUUCCACAGAGAAUGUGUAAAUUUAAUUCGUUGUUGCUAAAAUUAAAUAUAUUAAAUUAAUCGCCAACGCAUUAAAAAUACCAAAAAUUGUUUCUAAUUACAUAUGAACGGUGAUUUUAAGUGGCCUUUUCCCCUCUAAUUAAAAAAAUCGUAGACACUUUUUUUCGUGUAAUUUUUUUUUUUACUCAAUAUUAAUUAAAAUCUAAUUAACACAUUCCAUGUGCAAAGCGAGUUUUCCAAUUUCGACACAAACUCUAUGCGAACAGAAGAAAAGAAAAAACGGUUUGCUACUGUUCGAUGACUUGAUUGAUAUAUGUAUAUUCCGUGGCAGUGUAAUGUUUUCUAGCCGCUGAAGUGAAUUCACUUUGGACAGAGCAUUAUAUUAGGCAUUUGGAAAACCUGCUUGACAAAAGUGUUUAUGGUGUGAAUUUUUCUUCAAUUUUUUUGUUGUACUAGUAGAUGUUCUCUACAUCGAUUGAGAUUUGUCGAUUGAUCUAAAGUAAAAUAAAUUUAAAGACUUUUUAGUCUUCUAAAAAUCUGCUAGCACUUUUCGAUUUAUCAAUUACCAUCUGAACGUUUGUAGCUAGUGCACAGCAUGAAGAUUAAGCCACAUAUUUUCCGAUUUACUUCAUUUAAUUAGGAUGUUUGGAGUUGACGUAAAAGAUGAAUAUUUGGAGUGUCUUUUUCGCUAAAUGCAAUUUUUUCUCUCUUCAUUUUCCCCUCCGCCAUUCCAUAAGCGCUACGAUUUUUCCAUUUAAAACCGAAAAAAAGUUAUCGCUUGAGCCAUUACGAUGUCUCGAUAGAAUCGAAAACGCUGAGAACGAAAAGUUGCCUUGCUAAAAGUGGAUAAGACAGAAAAAAAAACAGUGCAUUCCUUGAUGAGGGGGGUUUCUAAUAAUAAUCAAAUGAUGUGUUUGUGCAUUACUCUCUCGCAUUUUUGCGCCUGGCCGAAACCAACCGACCGGUGUGUGAUGUGCAAUUAGACACGGUGAAAAAUCCUUCAUGAACAUGAACACCGCGCGCCAUAUUCACACCUACUUCGAUCGACUUGAAUGGCCACGUGGCCCAUGGUGUGAUGGGAGAAUUCGUCUUCGUCAUCGUCGUCGUCGUUGUGCGCAAAUUGAUGCGUUUACACCGUACGCAUUUGCAAUAAAUUAAAAAUAAUUCAGCUUGGACAAAAACUGACGUACGUGGCAAUUUGCAAACAAAUUUCGUCUGUUCCAAUUCAUGACAAGUUCAAAUCUCUCAUAUGUUGAAUGCCGCUCGAGUAAUCGGCCGAAAUUAGAAAAGGAAAAACCGAAAUAUAUAAAUCAUAUUAUUAAUAGAAGAGAAAAAAAGAAUAAAUAGAAGAAGGAAAACCGAAAUUCGUUGGGUAAAAUUGAAGGUGGGGAAUAUGAAGCUGAAAUGUCGACCGUGCGCGCGUCCAAUUCUCUCUCAAGUACAAAAUGAUGUACUUCUCUCUCGGCGAGAGAAACAUGCAACAGCAGCAGCUUCGAAUUGUCAACUGAUUGUCAAAGAUUUGUCAAAACAAUGGCAUGCCAUUCAGAGAGCAAGUAAUGGAGAUCUGUUUUGUUGGCAUCGCAACAGACGCAUCGGCGGUCAAAUAGUUUACACGUGAUUUCCGUCUAAGCCCAAGAGUUUGACUUCUUUUUUUCGUAAACGAAUUCAUAGAAUUAGAAGAAGAAAAAAGAAAACAUCGGAAUCAGGCAAAUGUUUGUACAUAUUUUUAGAAAUCCCGUUUUCAAGAGAUUCCCUUGAGCUGGGCGAAAGCGAGUGAAAGAGACAACACUCGAUUCUCUUUCUUUUCUGCAAUAUGUGUAAAAAUGCUUGUCAUAUUGCAGGCUCGUUCCGCUUUAUCUCGUCGUAAAUAUCUGUUUUAUUUGCACAUUUGUUGUAUGGCUUUGGAUGCCAUUUCGAUACUUAGCUCCUUAGCUUUUCGUUUUGUUGGUGGUUUUUUCCUUUCUCUCUCUCUCUCUCUCUCUCUCUCUCUCUCUCUCUCUUGCUGUCACGCUCGUACAUUCUCUCACGUGUUGGGGCUCGUACGCAAUUUUCAGGGAAAACCACUCGUUUUUUUUUUCAUGUACAUGGACUCUGUGAGGCAGACACAAACACAGGGCGUGCGCAAGAGGAAACGAGCGAGAGAAAAUAAACAGAAAUUUCUUUUUUCUCGUCGAUUUUUGUGUGUGAUCUUUCGUUAAAUCAUAAGUGUUCGUGUUUCUUUCUUUAUUUCUCGAUUUUUUGUUUCUCAUAAGCGCCAACAUAUCUUCUCUUUUUGAUUUUCCUUGGUCGGGGCCGGCCUUUGUUUGUCGUUUCGGGUGCGGGCCGUUCCCGAGCUGUGUGCUAGAGUGAGUGAGUGCGAUCUUGUCGCGGGCACUAUUUAUUCGGCAUAACCAGAUAGUUAAUGCAACAUUUCUGUGUAAAACAUUCAAUAUUGAAAUUCAGUAGUUUCUGUGAAUUUGCCACGAUCGCUACACACCUCUUGAUCUCAGUUAUCAUCUCAUCGUUCAACUUGUUGCUAUUAUUUUGCCGUCUAUUUUGCUGCUGAGCCUAGCAAACAAUUCAAUUUCGACAUGGAAGAUUUACCAAAAGAUCAAGUCGUUUUGCUUAAAAAUGCCUUCGACGCUUUCGAUCAGGAAAAGAAUGGAUUUAUCAGUGUGACCAUGGUUGGCACCAUUCUCGGUAUGUUGGGACAUCAACUCGAUGAGAAAAUGUUGAAUGAAAUCGUGGCUGAGGUCGAUGAAGAUGGCAGCGGUCAAAUUGAAUUCGAAGAAUUUUGCACGCUCGCCGCCCGGUUCCUCGUUGAAGAAGAUGCCGAAGCCAUGCAACAAGAAUUGAAGGAAGCCUUCCGGUUGUACGACAAAGAAGGCAAUGGUUACAUUACAACAGCCGUUUUGCGGGAGAUUUUGAAAGAGCUUGAUGACAAAAUUACAAAUGAAGAUUUGGACAUGAUGAUCGAAGAAAUCGAUUCAGAUGGUUCGGGUACCGUUGAUUUCGAUGAAUUCAUGGAAGUGAUGACAGGCGGUGAUGACUGAGGCGUUUUUAAAUUAAAUUAAUAUAAAACUGUUUUGUUUUUUUCUUUUUUUGCAAUGAAAUUUUAAAAUUUAUAGCGUACGCAACGCAAAACCAAACAAAGUAACGAAAAAAAAAAAUACAAAUACAAACAAUUGUUAAGCAUAAAUCAUGUGAAUCAUGUGAAAACUUUAUUAAACAACGAAUAAAACAAACACAACAAGAAAAAAAGAAGCCGCGCGCACCCAAUUCAUUCAUUGAUUAAUUCGUUUUUCUACUAUAUACAAAAGCCCAUAAAUAUGUAUAAAAUUUAUUGAAAGAAAGAAAGAGAAUUCAAUAAAGGAAAUAAUGUAAAUAAAACACCACGUUCGCUGACUGGCAAUGGAUUUAUCGCCGGCAGAAAAAAAAAAACGAAACGAUCGAUCGAACGAACGGGAAAAAGGGGGCGCUGAAUGAGUGUUAAUCGAAUUGUUAUUGGAAAUCAAUUGAAACGAAUUAGAGGGAAUGAGAGAGAGAGAGAUACACAGAAAGAAAGUGUCUUUUGGCAUAGCGGCGCACAUAUCAAAUUGUGUCCAAUCAAUGGUUGAUAAAUGUUUUAUCAUUUUG